UUAGCCCAGCCCAGGUGAAGCGAUAUUGACCUAGAUGAGGAGAGUAGUAGGGUUUUAACCAUCGAUACUCGUUAGAGAUCUUCUCUCCCAAAACCAGAAUCGGAGGACUGCUGCCGCCUCUUUUUCUCUGAUUUCUCCAACAAUGGUUACUUUCAGGUUUCACCAAUACCAGGUGGUCGGUAGAGCUCUGCCCACUGAAUCGGAUGACCACCCCAAGAUCUAUAGAAUGAAGCUUUGGGCCACCAAUGAGGUCCGUGCCAAGUCCAAGUUCUGGUACUUCUUGAGGAAACUGAAGAAGGUCAAGAAAAGCAAUGGUCAAAUUUUGGCCAUUAAUGAGAUCUAUGAGAAGAAUCCAACCACCAUCAAGAACUUCGGAAUUUGGUUGCGUUAUCAGAGUCGUACUGGAUAUCACAACAUGUACAAGGAGUACAGAGACACAACUCUCAACGGUGCAGUAGAACAAAUGUACACCGAGAUGGCAUCACGUCACCGCGUCAGGUUUCCAUGCAUCCAGAUCAUCAAGACUGCAACCAUCCCCGCAAAGCUUUGCAAGAGGGAAAUCACCAAGCAGUUCCAUAACUCGAAAAUCAAGUUCCCGUUGGUGUUUAAGAAGGUCAGGCCCCCAACCAGGAAGCUGAAGACAACAUACAAGGCUUCAAGACCCAACCUGUUUAUGUAAUUUUGUUUACUGCAUUUUGUUUCAAUCAAUUAUCCAGUAAAAACUAGAUGAAGCUAGACAUGGUGAAUAGGUUGGUGAUUCACAUCUUUAGAGAAUUUUUUUCUUGGGUUGUUGAACUUCAUUAUGUGGCCUAGUUAUUAUAUUUGUAUUUGAGUUUGGGAGAUUUUGAUUACUAUGAUUUUGACGAGCUUUGGUGGUAAUACUAGUUUUAAAGUUGCAUUA